UCUGGUUGUUAAGAUAUAUGGAUGGAAAACCAGAGUUUGUGUCAAAAACUCAGUUCCCUUUGCUAAUAUUUAAAACAACCUAAAUCGAAACAAAAAACUAUAGUGUUAAUGUUCAUUAUUUAAACCAAUUAAUUUACUCUGGACAAUAAUAUAUUACAAUAGUAUUGAUAAUGCGUUUGAAAGGAAUAUUGUAUAUGCAUAAUUGAACAACUCUACUUCAAAGUAGAGAGUCCAAUUUUCCGCCAGAAUUUUGUCGCCGGAAAUUAUAAUUACCGGAAAAGAAAAACGAAAUUCCAGUAAUUUUUCGUUCUGGAAAUUUUCUGGUUUCCGGAAUUUCUGGCUUACGACGGAAAUUUUCUGGAAUUUUUGGCUUUCGAUGGAAAUUAAAAUUAAGAUAUACUUUUUUAAUUCAUUAUUCAGCAGAAUUCUGUAUAUAAAGUCAGAGAUAAGUUUAAUAUCAAAUUUUUUCAAAUUUUUUUUUUGAAAAACAAAACAAUCAUUAUGUCCUGCCUCAUAGUAUAAAUACUAUUAAUAACGUAAAAAGAAAUUUCACCAGAAAGGGGGUUUUUGGCACCCUUUUUGGCCGGAAAAAAUCCGGUAGAUACUCCACUUCAAGGUGGAUAAUGUUUUUUUUCAGAGGUUCGAUGAAUAAAAAUAGGGUUUACAUUUGGUUGAUCAUAUAUUCUUUUAAAUUUUCACACCAUAAAAUCAGUUUUUACAAAAAAAAACUUUUUGAUAACCUUGCAAUGACAAAAAAAUGACACUAUGCAGGGCAGGGGGGAAGGGGGGAUUAAAGGGAGAAAUAUACACCCAAGUAAGUUCAAUGUGUCCGCACAGUUUUAAUGAAUACUGGAUAUUGUUUGCAUUGCUCGUAAAUGUACAAAUAGUGGCAGUGCAAAGUAAUUUCCUCAAUGUAUUCCCAACCCUCCUUCUCUUCAAAUUGGUAAGACAAUUAUGGAGUCCGCGAACACUAUCAAACGCUUUAUAAAACUUGGAUUUCUUCCAUUGAAGGAAACUAAAGAUGGACAACCUAAAGUAAAUCUGGUAAAUACUAGGUUUGUAGUUUUCAAUCUGUUCCGAAUCCUGCCGUAUACUAUAUACCUUUUCUUUAAAAUAAAUGAUUUUCUGAACAACGACCUCAACAUGAAAUCUGUGAUAGCAUUCUCUUUUAACGUCAUCAGUUACAUUGGCGGAUCCGGACUGGCCAUCGUACUUGCUGUAACUGGACAGCGCUUAGGUCCUAACUGUAUGUUGGGUAAAAGUACACCAUGCUGCUGGAGGAAUCUGUCUCUGAAUGGUCUCAUCAUAGCUAUCUACAUUUUUGGAAAUAUACUUACAGAAGUUCCGCUUCUAAUAGAGCAGAAAACACUGGCAGAAAUAUUCUCUCUUACAUUUGCACUCAUUCUCAACUAUAUGUAUGUGAUUGUUGACUAUGGAGUUCUUGGAAUUGUUUCAUUUCUUUGGGUUAAAGACUUAAAAACAAAGAUAAAUUUCAAAUUCUCUGAAAGCAAGACAAGCAUCAAUGAUUUUGAGGAAAUUUUGCUGGACUUUGAAAAGCUAAGACAUGCAAUGAAACUUCUGGCAACGUUCAUGUUUCCAUUUGCACAGUUAUUGGCGAUAUCCUCCUCAUAUCUUGGAUUUGUUGCAGAAGAUAUAUAUAGCUUUGGCAGUCUUUUCCCUGCAUUUGGAAUCUUGAUUAAUUUGAUGACUAUUGUUAAUGUUCUGGAAGAUCUUUAUAGUCUAAUGGAUUCAGCAGCAGAUAUGGCAGAGGAGCAAGGUCUUCAACAAGCAACUCUUCGAGAUAUGAAAAGGUUUGCUAUUGUGUCUGCAAAGCUACGGAGGGUUGGACCCUUUACUGGCUUUGGUUUCUUUACUAUACAACGGGACACACUUACUGCUAUGCUAUCAAUUACUAUCACAUACAUUAUCAUCCUUUUCCAAUCCAUCAAAUAAACAGAUAAAAAGGGGAAUUUCUUUUUGGAGCAUUUAAAAUUUGUGUUAAACAAUUAGAAAUUUUUAGUAAAAAAAGAUGAUAUUUUCUGAACUUUUAAUUCAAGAAAAAAGGGUACCAUUGUGUAUCGAUCCUGUAUAACGCUUUACUUACUUGAAUUCAUGUUGCAACUUGCAGUCGUCCUUUAACAUUAGUCUACUUUCACCUUUCUGAUAAAAAAAUUUACAAUUUUUAUUCAUAGCAGAGAUUCUGCAAAAAGUUCCAAAACUGUAUUCUAUUUAUCUUAAGCUAUUUGUACUCUUAAUUCAGAAUAAAUAUCAGUGCCUAAAAAUUCUUUGUAUUUUUUGUUUCAAAUAUAUUGAAAUAAGGAAAAUGUUAAAAUUUUUCCCCAAAAUUUAGAAGAGAAGAUUCUGUUUUAUCGAAAAACCUUUAAUUUUUUAGCAAAUUUUCUAUUAUUAUUUCAUGCAUUGUAUGUAUGUAUGCUCCUUUAGCAAACAGAAUUAUGAUAACUUGUAAUACUUUUCAUUUUUAUAAUAUUCAAUAUUUAUGUAAACAUAGAGUUUUGAAAGUACGUGUAUAUGCUAACGCUGAAAACCAAAAAUAAAUUACAUGUUAAUGUGGUUUUUUUAAAAUCACUUUUCAAUUUAAUUAAUAAUUUGUAUCUAAA